AUGACCGCUGAGUGCUGCGCUGAGUCCUCCCCGGUGCUGUGCUGUGCCUCUAGUGACGUCACCCGCCCCGCCCCCAAACCCGGAAGUUGCUCAAUCAACGCCCGCGGGUUCCCCGUCCGCGGUCGCCGCGCAGAGCAGGGAGCGGAGCGACGAGAUCUCGCGAGAGUUCGCGACUCCCGUGACCCCGCCCGUGACCCCGGCCCCGAAGCCUCCGCGGUCAGGUCCGAUCCGGUCCGGUCCGAUCCGGUCAUGGCCGCCUUGCUGCGGCUGCUGCUCCUGCUCGCCCUGGCGCCCCGGGCUUGCGCGCUGACGUCACGGCCGGGCCCCGCCCUCUUCCAGAACCUCCGCAUGGAGCCGGACCUGCUGCGCCUGUCCUGGGACGGAUACGUCACUUCCGGUCCCCGUGAUGUCGCCUGCCAGAAGGGGGCGGAGACGCCCGUGUGGGCCCCUGCCAACCGCUCCUACUGCACCUUCCUGUCGCUGUCGCGGUGUCACGUGACCGAGUUCUCCGUCUUCCGCCUCCGCGACCAAAGCGCCACGACCGCCCGGAUCCGGUUCCCAGAGUCAGACCCCGACCGCGCCAUGGCCGCCACCAACCUGAGCUGCUGGGUGCACGACAUGGACGUGAUGACGUGUCGCUGGGGGCGGGGCCCCGCGGCGGCCGAGGACGCGCAGUACCGGAUGUUCUGGCGGGGGGCCACGCAGGGCCGUGACCGGGACCGCGAGUGCGCGCACUAUGACCUCGUCGACCCCCGGGGGUCGCGGCUGGGCUGCCGGGUGGGCGGGGCCUCGGGCCUGCCGGGUCACGUGACCGCGACGGUGACCGGAGGGGGCGGGGCCUCCUGCACGGACGCCUCGGUGCUGCUGGAGCGCGCGGUCUUCGCACUCGGAGCCCGAGAUCGAGAAGACGUCCGAGAGUCACUUCCGGGUCACGAUCCCCGGCUCCGCCCACUUCCGGGUCAGGGCGAGGCCGAGGUCGUUGCCGCGGUUCAGCGACUGGAGCCCCGCGGUGCGGCUGGACUGCGACCCUGGGACCGGGAACCAUGUGACUGUCAUGGCCGCCGCCCUGGCCGCGCUGGGGGCGGGGCUGACGGUGCUGGCAAUGCUGGUGCUGUGCCGGAGGCCCCUGAGGGCGAAGCUGUUUCCUGCGAUCCCGCGGGCGAAGGACCUGGGGCGCGGGGAGGAGACGCCUCUGCGGAAGUCGCGGGACGCUGUCGGCGUUGGCGCCGGGUGAUGACGUCGCGGAGGGGCGGCAGCCAGACAAGGAAGCGGAGUCGCGCGUCGCGCUCCUAUGACGCAGGCGCCGAAGCCCCGCCAGGCGCCUGGCAGCUGCGGUCUACCCGCAGUGACGUCACCGCGCUCCGCGACGGCUCCCUGCUCCUCGCCUCGGCGCGGGCGGAUGACGCGGACGCUAUUUACGCUGAGGGCGACGCCGGGCGCCGCGCUGGUUCUGCCCUGCGCCGCCGCCGCCCUGGCUUGGGAGAUUCCGGGCGGACGGUGGCUGUGUCGCGGGGAGAACGCGUCAUCAGGCGGCGACGCCGCGGUGGACGGGACGGGGAGGGAAGCCUGGCGCUGAGGCCGCGGCUGAGGGGCGGGGACUCCGGGCGCUUCCGGUGCGUCGCUGUCAAUCAGGCCGAAAGCGACGCCUUCAGCCGUGUUGGUCGUGGGGGAGGGGGUCGGGCGCGGAGGUCGGGGCGCACGGGGAUGACGUCACCGGAGGCGACGGCGGGCGCCGGAAGCGGGAACCGGAAGUGA